GGCGGCCUGGACGGGUGAACUACAAAGCCCGGCGUCCCCGAUAGCUGGGAAAGACCGAUAAACUUUGAGCGGACCCUGAUAGAGAAAAAUCUCUCUUUGUGGUGAGGAGUUCUUGGGUGGUCGCGGAACUGGGCUCUUUGCGCUGGGAAAGGGAAGUGGAGAUUCUUAAGAUAGAAGCUGACAGCAGGAAUUGGCAAACUACAAUCUGGGGGCCAUAUCCAGCCUGCCACUUGCUUUUGAAUGGCCCAUGAAGUCUCUGAAGAUGAACUUGGCUGAGAUUUGUGACAAUGCAAAGAAAGGAAGAGAAUAUGCACUUCUUGGAAAUUAUGACUCAUCAAUGGUAUAUUACCAAGGGGUGAUCCAGCAAAUUCAGAGACAUUGCCAGUCAGUCAGGGACCCGGCUGUGAAAGGCAAAUGGCAGCAGGUUCGGCAGGAAUUAUUGGAAGAAUAUGAACAAGUUAAAAGUAUUGUCAGCACGUUGGAAAGUUUUAAAAUCGACAAGCCCCCUGAUUUUCCCGUGUCCUGUCAGGAUGAACCAUUUAGAGACCCUGCUGUUUGGCCACCCCCCGUACCUGCAGAACACAGAGCUCCACCUCAGAUAAGGCGUCCCAAUCGAGACGUAAGACCUCUGAGGAAAGAAAUGCCUGGAGCAGGAGCCCGGGGACCUGUAGGCCGAGCACAUCCCAUAUCUAAGAGUGAGAAACCCUCCACAAGUAGAGACAAGGAUUACAGAGCACGAGGGAGAGAUGAGAAGGGAAGGAAAAAUAUGCAAGAUGGUGCAAGUGAUGGUGAAAUUCCAAAAUUUGAUGGUGCUGGAUAUGACAAGGAUUUGGUGGAAGCCCUCGAGAGAGACAUCGUCUCCAGGAAUCCCAGCAUUCAUUGGGAUGACAUAGCAGAUCUGGAAGAAGCUAAGAAGUUGCUCAGGGAAGCUGUUGUUCUUCCAAUGUGGAUGCCUGACUUUUUCAAAGGGAUUAGAAGGCCAUGGAAGGGUGUGCUAAUGGUCGGACCCCCAGGCACCGGGAAGACCAUGCUAGCUAAAGCCGUUGCCACAGAGUGUGGCACAACGUUUUUCAAUGUGUCCUCUUCUACCCUGACGUCUAAGUACAGAGGCGAGUCUGAGAAGCUAGUCCGUCUGUUGUUUGAAAUGGCUAGAUUUUACGCCCCCACCACAAUCUUCAUUGAUGAGAUCGAUUCUAUCUGCAGUCGAAGGGGAACCUCUGAUGAGCACGAGGCAAGCCGCAGAGUCAAGUCUGAGCUACUCAUCCAGAUGGAUGGAGUUGGAGGAGCUUUAGAGAAUGACGACCCUUCCAAAAUGGUUAUGGUAUUGGCUGCUACUAAUUUCCCGUGGGACAUUGAUGAAGCCUUGCGAAGGAGAUUAGAAAAGAGGAUUUAUAUACCUCUCCCAACAGCAAAAGGAAGAACAGAGCUUCUGAAGAUCAAUCUUCGUGAGGUUGAGCUGGAUCCUGAUAUUCAACUGGAAGAUAUAGCAGAGAAGAUUGAGGGCUAUUCUGGUGCAGAUAUCACCAAUGUUUGCAGGGAUGCGUCCUUAAUGGCCAUGAGGCGGCGCAUCAACGGCCUGAGCCCAGAAGAGAUCCGCGCGCUCUCCAAAGAGGAGCUUCAGAUGCCUGUCACCAAGGGAGACUUUGAGCUGGCGCUGAAGAAAAUCGCUAAGUCGGUCUCUGCUGCAGACUUGGAGAAAUAUGAAAAGUGGAUGGUGGAGUUUGGAUCUGCUUGAAUUUCUCUCAGCUCUUCCAUGUCUGGCAUCUUUGUUUAUAAAAUGUGAAGAAAUUCCCUGCAAUUAUUUUCAAAAACAGGCUUAGAACUUUUCUUGGGAGAGAUUUUCACUUAAAGGAAGACCAUCCACAGAGUGUAAAUGUCAUUGAAAAGUAAGAGAAGCUGACACAGAAGGCCUGAUGACCUCUGUCCCCAGCUGUGUGCUGGUACCCCACACAUUCAUGCAUUACUAUUGCACCCCAAACCAGGUGCCAGGGUGGCGGAGGAAAGGCAUCUGUGCUUUGUGGAAACUUGUUUACGAAACACUUAGAAGGACCUCUAUUUCUCACUUGCAUUUGUGGGUUUUUUACUAUUCAUUGCUCUGGACAUGAGGGACCUAUAUACGGUGACUUUCAACGUCAGAACUGAGUUUGUGUCAAAUUCGUUAUUUGUUAAGAAUGAUAGUUUUGGGUUAAGUAAAGAAUAUGAGAGUUAAACCUCUAGAAUGCAGCUAUUCUUGUGAGAGUCUACCCUGUAGUUCGAAUUUUUGCCCCCUCCCCCCACCAUUUCUUCUGUUAGCUGUUUCAUCAUGUACUGAGCCCUGUGAGGGACUAUCCUCACGCCUUGUGGUUUUUGAAUCAUUUUGCGAGGUGGUCUCUCUGGUCUUGAGUACUUUUUGCCCAUAUUGUUCAUAUUUCAUAUCAGAAGGGUAGGAGAAUGUUAUGAUUGCAUGAGAUGCACUUCUCCAGUCUAGACGAGAAGUUCGUUUUCCCUUUUCUUUCAAUGUGGUCAAACACAUAAACCCUUUAUUUGUUCAGCUCCAACACUGUUUGAUUUUUGCUGAAUUUGACUUUGGUAUUCUAAAUACUUUCGUCCACUCUUGUGGCUAAUGCAAAACGAACAAAACAAAUUUUAUAGUUUUUCAGAUAGCUGGUUUAACAAAAUAAUGUUGUCCAUAAUGAACGAUGUUCAUUUUAAAAUUUUAAAAUUGUUCUUUGUCUGGGUUGAGAACUUGUGUACGUGGUAAGAUUAGUUAGGGUAGAAAUCUGCCAUGCUCAUUCUGUUCAGCAGGAAUCAGACAAUGGAAAGAGGUCAGAAAAAGUAGAUGGCACAUAUCUAAUCCCAAGCACGGUAUCCUUGUGCUAGCUGUUUAAAUUACGUUUAUUCUCAUUUGGCUGGGCAACCUAUGCUUUAAUGGUCAAGCUUUUUAAAAUUUGUAUGUGAUGAUAUCCCGAAUUCUCAACUUUGAAAAGCAUCUACUGGUUUAAAAUUAAAAAUAAUGUAACUCUGUAAACGCUUAGGGAAAAAAGCUUUGUAGUAUCUUGCUUAAGAGAUUUUCUCCUUAUUUUAAAAACUAUGUAAUUUUCAGAUAACUUAAGCCUGACACUAAACUCCAGUAUUCAUCUAAUGCCCUUUCCUCUGAGGCAUAAGAGUUAAAAUCAUAAGGCAUUGCGAUUUUAUUUUCAUUGAAUUAAUUCACCUUAAAAAUUGAAUGACAGAAGUUUCCUGUUAUUCAUUUUAAGUAAAAAAAAAUAAUCCUAUUAAGAUAAUCUUGCAAAAUUGGCAUUCAUAACAUUUUUUCCCUGAAGUCAUAGGAGUAAUCAUUAAAAUACUAGUGUUUUGAUUGCUAGAACUUGUUUGUAUACUUUAGUUGAUCAGUUAGACCAUUUUUCUAGGUUUUGUGUUACCAAUUUUGGCAUGCAUGUCAUUUAAAAAAAAAUUCUUCAUGGAUAAUGAUAUGGUAAUUGUGAUUUUAAAAAAUCAUCAGUUAAGCAGUAUUUGGAAACUCAAGCUUUCUGGAAGCUCAUCUUUCCCAAGAUAAGUGAGUCAGGUGCUUUUUCAUUUCCCUUGUUUCUCAGUUUGCUCUGUCAGUGGAUGGUGAAUGCUCUUCAACCCCUUAAAGCUUCCGGAGGAGACCCCUCAGGUGUCGGUCCAGACUUUGCAGUACACGUGUGUGCGCUGUCUUUAUUGCAAGACAGUAUUGCCUUACCCAGAAUGAGAGCAUUGUUAAAUGCUUUGCUGUUUUAUUUUUUCCAUGUUGCAUUAUCAAAUUAGAAAGAUUUGGUUCCUCUAAUUCACCUAAAAGCACAAAUAUUUUGAGUCCUAUGCACACGAUGUUAGGACUAAGUUUGUACAGUUCUGUCCUGCAGGGAACUGAUCGAUAGUUCCUGCAUUAAGCGCUUAGACGUGCUUCGGUUGCCCUCUGUGUACAAGACCCCAGAUGGGAGCUGUCUGACUGGCUUACAGAGUUGGACCAGGAGUGCAGUUCGGACCGGCACUUUCUAUAAUAUAGUUAUGCUAUAGCUUCUGGCUCCAACUCAUAAAUGGAGAGGCACCGUGAUCGGUGUGCUUUAGACCGAUAAUAUAAUAUGUAAGAGGUUUUCUCUUUUUCUCUCUUUAAAUCUGUUUUGAAAUUAGAACUGAUAUCUAUUUGUUAGAACAAUAUAACUAGUAUAGAUCUAGCUAUUUUCAUGAAUCAUUUUUAUCAUUUCCUAAGUUACAUUUUCAUUGUUAACAUGUACACAUGUAAUUUUGGUAGACAUGUGAAAUGUUACAUGUUUUUGUGAACAUUUUGCUCUCAUAAUUCCUUCAUUUUUUAAAGACAUUAAUAUUGAUGAAAUGUACCAGAUAAGUGGUUCUUCAGUGUAGGCUGGAACCUUCUAGUAAUCCAAGUAGACAGUAGACGAUAGCAUCACAGGGUUUGUCUUGUGGUCAGUAGCAGCGUAGGCAUUCCAGACUGACCAGACAUAUUUGGACUGGGACCUCGGCCUCCAGAACACCAGGACAGCCUGGGAGAGGACACACGGGGUCCAGCAGCGUGGUUAGUUAGGGGCGUCAUUGGAGCCCCUGAGACUACAGUUUUUAUGAUGUAAUAUUUGACUGUUAAAAAUAGGCUGAGGUCACUAAUUACUCAAAAAGUGAGCAGGCAAGUAUCUGGUGAAUCUACUAUGAACAAACAUACAGAUACAUCAGGGGGGAAAUGUGGGUGUAUAGCCCAAAUUUAUCAUAUAAUCGUCACUCUUUCACUUUGCUACAUGUAGCCUGACUCUACUGAACAUGAAAUUACUCAUAGUCUUUACGUUUUGAGCAGCUUGAAUUGUUGAAUUUCUUUCUAGGAAGUUUCUAUUUUUACUGUUGAAUCUACGAUGUGAGUCAUAAAACUAACCAGCUGACAUGGCUGUGUCUCACUUUCCCCAGCCUAGCCUGAGGCCUGGUGAACACUUAGGCAGGUUUGCUGGACUCAAGUAUUGUCUUGCUUAUUUAGUCUUUUUUGUGUAGUAGUAGAUUCCCACUCCUCCUUUGAUCUUACUGAUGGUAAAUCACCUUAGGAUAUAUCCUGGAUAAUAGGCUUAAAACAUUAAGGAUAUUGGCUGGCCUUUUCCAAGAAAGGGCCACUUUAACUUAUAUGAGGAAACUAUAGUAAUUAUUCUUUCAGUAUUUUUGGUAUCUUUUGUCCUUAACUAUUUUGAUUUUAUAAUAUUUUUUACAUACCACUUACUUUGUGAUGCACAUAAUAUUUAUGUGGAUCUAAGAAUCUGUCACAAGAGAAAGUAGGAAUUAACAGUUGGAGGGAAUGUUAGAGGAAAAAAAUAUUUAAACCCCAAAUGUUUCAUUGUCAUCUCCACUAAUUCUUUUUGCAGAAAAAGCUAAAAAUUCUGUUAUAAUGACUGUGUUUACUUAUUUAUAUUUUUCAUUAGGUUUUUCAUAU